AGCUAGCGGCAGGCGGAUGUGCUUCCACGAAACAAACAAUGUAUGUCCGGUGUUACGAAUCAGCGCGCUGAAUUCAAUAAGCUGUCGGCUUUCUGACAGCACAGGGGACCAUCGGCAGUUUCAUGAGCACCGCAGCUCUGGUCAAUGAAACUAAUCAGCUCGACAACGUAGACGUUGUAAGUUUUACAGGAAUGGAGGUGGGAAACCGGAAACAAAACAUCCAUGUGGAGGUCCACGUUAAAUCUCACAGCACAGCUAAACUGUCUGAGGUGAAGAUAAACGUUCUGGCUCUACUGAAUCGCCACAGCAUGGUUUUUGGAAACUACAGAUGGACAGAGUUUGAUGAAGACUUUCUGAAGAAACAUGUGGAGUCUGUGGCUAUAGUUGAUAUUGAGGAAAUGAUAACACAGCCCCUUGAUUUGAACAGCUGCUCUGUCUCUGUUCACAUCUUCACUCUGAAUGAGGAUGGACCCAGCACGCUCACUUUGGAAGACGAUGAGGAGCUUUCAGCAGCAAAUCACUGGUUGUUGCCAGCAGCGGAAUUUCAUGGGAUUUGGGAGAGCCUGGUAUAUGAGAGUGGUGUCAAAACCCAGCUCCUGGAUUAUGUCACAACAACAAUUUACUUCUCAGACAAAAAUGUCGACAGUAACCUGAUAUCGUGGAACCGCGUUGUGCUGCUCCACGGACCCCCAGGCACAGGGAAAACGUCACUGUGCAAAGCUCUUGCCCAGAAGUUGUCAAUCAGACUGUCGAGUCGGUAUUCUUAUGGCCAGUUUGUCGAGAUAAACAGCCACAGCUUGUUCUCAAAGUGGUUCUCAGAGAGUGGCAAGCUGGUCACGAAGAUGUUUCAAAAGAUCCAACAACUGAUUGAUGACAAAGAUGCUCUUGUGUUUGUUCUGAUUGAUGAGGUGGAGAGUCUGACAGCAGCUAGGAAUGCCUGCCAGGCGGGAACAGAGCCUUCUGAUGCCAUUCGAGUGGUCAACUCUGUUCUCACUCAACUGGACCAGAUUAAACGACAUUCAAACGUUGUGAUCCUGACGACCUCCAAUGUGACAGAAAAGAUUGACUUGGCAUUUGUGGACAGAGCCGAUAUCAAGCAGUACAUUGGACCCCCAUCUGAGAAGGGCAUCUACAACAUCUACCUCUCCUGCCUCGAGGAGCUGAUGAAGUGCCAGAUAAUCUACCCCCGGCAGCAGCUGUUUACCAUGUUUGAGCUUGAGACGAUGGGGUUUGCUAAGAGUGAGGUGUCUGAACACAGUCUGAACCUGAGGGACAUUGCUCUAAAAAGCAAAGGUUUGAGUGGAAGAGCACUCAGGAAGUUACCAUUUCUAGCCCAUGCACUGUUUGUGAGGUCACCGACAGUGACUCUCGAGAGGUUUCUGGAGGCUAUGGACCGAGCAGUGGAUAAACAGAGGGAGGAAAAAGCUAACCUGGUCAACGGUGUCUGAACUUAUUUCAAUGGGCUCUCAAUCCCUCGCCCUGUUUGUUUGUAGUUUGGAAAACUACAACCCUCGCAUCUUUUUAUAGAGUUUCACCAAUUCAUUUGGCAGAACGACGUUAAAUAUUUUGGAAAAUAACAUUGUUUUAACAAAUGCUAUCUAUAACAUGAAAGUCUUUAUUCAGGUAACUUUGUCGGUGCUACUACCUUAGAGGACCAAGUCCACAUUGGUUUCAGUAAAGUCAGUUUGGCAGUUUGGUGCAACAUGGAGUACCCAAUGCUUGAAUUUUCUGUUUGCUGAUAACUGUUUACUCUUUUCUCAUUUUCAAAGUGUUUGAUAUUUUUAUGUAACAUACAGCUUUAACCUUAACAGUGAAGGCUUUUUUUGUUUCCCAUGUUGAAAGGAUAGUUUGGAUAUUUAUUGGCAUAAAUUAUUGGCAUCAGUUAUUUUCUCGUAGUGACAUUGGUGCACAGACGUUAGCUCAGUCUGUGGAUAGCUUUGUUGGAGAUAUCCCAUUGAAAUGGCAGCUUGUCAAACAGAAAUGAACAGCAGUUCCACGUUGGGUCUGAGGCCUCAGUGGACAGCGAAAUAUCAGAAACAUCACAAAUAUGAAAAGAAUAAUGCAGUUUGUUGUGGCGGGUUAACAUUUUUGAGUGCUAUGUU